UGCCUGUAAUUUCCGUUUCACACACGUACCGUCAAGCUUGUUGUGUGUCAUUCACUGCCUGCAGCUCUGCGUGUUUUAGCUGUCGCGAGGCAAAGGCCUAGACAUCUGUUUGCUUUCCAGGUCAUUUUCAUGACCAGUUUUAUCUCCUAUGAAGUAGUGGAAAACUUGGAAGUGAAGCGCACAGUGUUUCUGGUGCAAAUACCAGUGGACAUGUCCGAUUUUGUGGCGUAAACUUGCGUAUGCAGGCCAAACAAUGAGUGAACUACUACAGGAGAAUUUCAACUGCUUUCUUUAAGACGGCAUGUUUUGAUCAACAAGCUACGAUAAUGGCUACUUCAGUAGACAGGCACGUAAGAAAAUGGCCAGCUGCAAAGAUGGACUUCUUUGUGGACUUAAACCACCUGACAGAGACUGAGAGGGAUAUCAUUCUUAAUGUGCUGCACAAAGAUGAAGAAUUACAAAAAGCUGAGGAGAAAAGAAUCAACAAAUUACGGGCAGAUAUACAGUUAUUGCGAAGACAGGGGGCCUUGAAGCCAGGCCAGGACGCUGAGAAGACUUGCACUAGGUGCCGUAGUGAGCUGGGUAUUCUGUUUAACAGUGGCGCCUUCUGCCCCAACUGCCAUGCCAAAGUGUGUAAACUAUGCAGGGAAGCGGUCCCAGAAGAGGAAGAAGGAUGGGUGUGUACGCUGUGUUACAAACAGAGGCAAAUCAAAAUGCAGUCAGGGGAAUGGUUCUAUAGCAACCUUAUAGCAAAUACUGAUAAAGUAAGCAGUGGUCAGAGCGGGAAGGUUGUGCUUCUUGGCUCCGACAUUGUCAGGGCUUCCAUACGCAGAGGUGGCAAAGCACGUACUGUAAGAGAGACCUCCUUCAACAGUAGCAUUGAUGAAGAAUGUAGUGAUACCCAGAGUACAGCUGACGGCAAUCGCUCAGACUCCGCUGAGAAGAGAAAACUGUUGGACUUGGUGAAAGGAUUAAAAAAUGAUUCACCUGAGCAACAGCGUGUGGUGGUAAAAAAAGUAACCUCAAAAGGCCUGGCAGACGAUUCUGACAGUAGUGACAGUGGGCCCGACUCACCAAAACUAUCCUCACAAAGAAGAAGUCCCUCUUUAAAGAGCUCUUCCGCUAUCUCUAGUGAUCGCACUACAAUCAUCUCCACUUCUGAUGAAGAAACUCCAUCAAGGACUCCUGACGUUAAACAGAAAUCCAAGCACAGGCUCCCAGGGGGACAUGACAUUCAGAUGGAUGAUGUCCAGGCUUACAAGGUCAGAGGUCAAGGUCAGUUAAACAUAGACAAAAUUAAUAAUCAUCCUCCAACUAAAAAUAGGUAUGAUUUACAAGGUCUGAAAGAAUCCAACAAUAACACUGUCCCACUUAGCCAAGAAGAGGAGGGGCUUGAGAGGACAGAUGGGACUGAGGAUUUUACUGUGGAAGAACUGACGCAAAUUAAGUUCAAGCGCUGUUCGUCAAGACGGGACAAUGGCUCAAAUGCAUCUGCCAGGGUUUCAAAACAAACAUCGCUUCCACCUGUGGACUCUAGUUGUGAAGACCGCUCCUCUGUUGACUCUCAAACUGGGGAGGAGGAACAUAGCUGGGCGGGACAGCAACCGUCAUCAUACUCAACUAACUUUCCUGAUGGGCCCCACUCAGGUACUAAUCCUUCUCUUAAGUCUAACCACAGUAGUAGCCACCCGCUUACUAAUAAACCCUCCUCUAGAUCUGUAGCUAGCCAUGGCCAGAUUCUACCCCAGCAUGAAGGGAAGGGAAAGGGUGGUGAAGAGAAUGAGGCAGGGAAGCCUUCAGCUAAUAGACCUAGAUACCCACUUGCAAAGAGUAAUAGCUUUGAAAACCCAUUGUUUGAAGAAGAUGAUGAAGAUGUGGCUGUUCCAGAAAAGACAGCUGCUGUUCUCGAUUCCGACAGCAACCACGAGUCUGAUGAGGAUGAAAGAAUGCUGCUUGAACUCAGAAAUGCACUGAAAGAUUCUUUGAAAAACCAAAGUUUUGACAGCGAAGAAUCUCUGUCCAAGUUUAAGGAAGCCAAUACCAGAGGUGAUGUACUGGAUGAUGAUGACAUCUUGACAGAAAUGGCAGACACCAUCAAAAAAAUCAACUCUAUGAGACAAAAACAGCCGAGUCAGGAAGAUGCUAUGUCAGACACUCUGAGUAUAAUCACUGAGAUAACAGAGCCUGGGGAUGACAUUUCUGUAAGGUCCAUUUCGGUCAGUGAAUAUGGGGAAGAGCAAAAGGCAAAGAUAAUUGAAUAUUACACAAAAUUAGGCAUAGAUGGCGUACCUAUUUCUUCAUCAGAGAGCACAGCUGAAGAGAGUGAUCAUCAGGAAGUAUUUGAUGUUAGUACAACAGAUGGACAGACGGACAAUGCAGUUACAGAAAAAAGUUUGGAAACAACUGAUGUAAAAGCCCAGGCUUCUGAAAAGCACUUUGAAAAAUCUAAGUCUUCAGAAAAAGCCAAAAAGAGAAGACUGAAGUUUUUCAGAAGGAAAUCCAAGAACAAUGAAAAAGACCAAAAGGACAAUUCUGGUCAGACCAGUAGUUUUGCCUCUUUUGGGGCAUCAUUUGAUGAUGUGGUGGAACAAAAUUUGAAACAACUCGACAGAACAAUUUCAAAUGUAAGUUUAGACAUCCCAGAUACAGCAGAACCUGUACAGGGUGCCACAGGUACACCCCCCACGCCACCUAGUGGCCAAGCACUUGAGAAGUCAAAACUUGCCAACGUAACAGAACCUCAGAUAGUAGCAACUAACAGUUAUCAAACAGACACAGCUCCUCAUCCUGUCAAAGUAGUUGUCACGCCAACUGCAGCAGAGCCAAAGUCACAUCUUGCCACCUCUGGUCAGAAAAGGAGAUAUGAAAAGAAAGAGACUUCAGGUAACAGUCCAGAUGAUUACCUGAAUGUAUCGGAUUUGGUUGGGAAGUGGGAAUCCAUGAGCCCUCAUUCAAAGAGAAAGGCCACACAAGAUCUCACAGAACCAGAAGGAAAGGACCUUUCUGUUCCACUGUUUCAGGAACAGCAACCACUAUCAAAGGUGGAAGAUCAGCCUGAACCCAGGCAGAAAACAGCCCAGUUUUUCAGUGCAGCAGAAAAAGUUAAAACUGAAAGCUCCUCCCUUGAAAGCAAAGGGGAACACAGUCAAGGUGACAGCGACAGCACUAUCAGCUUUGAUGAUCGGCAUUUGUCUGCUGAAAGUGAAAAUAGGAAUAGCAUCAUUCAUGAUGAUGGAGAGGAAAACCUUAAUGCUGGUGCUAAUUCCAUAGGAAAUGGUAAUAAUGCAGAAGAAUUAAUGGAGGUGAGUGAACCCUCAGUAGGGGGAAGUGAUUUGGAUAGAACAAGAGAUGCCAUUUCAGAUGAGCAGGAAACUGCAAAGAGAACAUCAAGCAGUAAUGACUCAGUGGAAGUUACAGAUGAAAACAUCAGUUUUGAUGAAGCUAUCGAUACUGAUGCUCCAUUAAGUGGAAAUGCAGACAAUCUCCAAGAGAAGGUCAGUUGUGAAGACAGUACACAAGUUAAACAACCUGAAGCAGUAUCUAUCCCACUUCAUGAACAUCAAGUGCAAGAAUCAUUUGAAAAGCAAAUGGCAGGUGAUAGAAAGCUUUCUUUAAACCUUUCUCUCAGUGGUGGAGGGCCAACAAAUUCUGAUUCAUCCAAAAUAGGAGAUCAUACUAGUUUAAAAUCUUCUUCCUCUGAUCACUCUCUGCCAGAUUCUCCUAGUACUUCUUCUAUUUCUAGUCGCACCAGACCUUUCCUGCGCUAUAACUCCUCUCCUGCUGUAGCCCCCUCGCCCUCCUCCUCCCCUCCACCCAAACCACUGCGACAUCAGCCAGUCAGCAUUGAUUCCGGUACUUUUCCAGCAGAUGAAGCUGAUGAUUCUGACAGAGCACUAGCUUCCACACCAUUAGACACAGAGCAGAGCAAUGGUCAUGCUAAUGGUCACUCAGUCAGGCCUCCCUCUAUCUCGGUCACUUCUCAUGCUGAAGAUGACCAGGAG